AUGACCAACUUUCCCAAGCUUAUCCCAGCCUUUACCAUCCAUGUCCCCAUCGCGGACCCUGCACCCAUAUCCCCUCACCUGACAUUCGGCCGUAUCCUGCCCAAUGCCAACGGCGCCAUUCGCUCGCACCCUGACUACCCAAUUAAAGUGGACGCUGCUUUGGAGCAUGGUGCCGACUUCAUCCGAGCUUCUCCUCCGCCCACCUCUGCAUCACAAGUGGGAAACUCGAAAGCAAAUGGACCGACCUAUGUGACUCUCGAUGUCCGGGCCCUGGCACGCAACGGAACCACGGGGGACUUGUUGUAUAUUCGGUAUACAGGCAAAGUGGACAUGGGAGGUGCGGUUGGAAAGGUUUUAAGGGGAGAGCCAGAUGCGACAACAACAGGUUUUGGAGAGAUCUUCACGCAUGUGGAAUUCGAAUCAGGCAACCUAGAUCUUGCUGUAUUAGCAGGGAAGGUAUUCGUUGGGUCCGGCCAAAUCAUUCUGGAAAAGGGCAAGCCGCCUAUGGUCGAGUAUAAGGUCAGCGAGGUGGUUGCGUCGUGA